AUGGCGGCCGUCGUCAAUGAUUCGACUCUGCAGUGCGUCACAGCGACCUCGCAGCGCAACACUUCGCCCCCCAUGCCAGAACGUGAGACGGACCUUCUGCAGAAUAAGGCCCGUAUGGCCGCCGGGGAGUUGUAUUUUGCAUUCACGCCGGACCUUAUUGCCGACCGACGACGAUGCUCAGUCGCGUGCGAAAACUUUAACCGCGCCGGACAUGUCCCUCGGAGAGCGCUGGCCGUACUGAUCAAGGACAUCCUUUGCGACCCUAGUCCUCUCCCUGAGCCCGGUUCCACUGUUGAAGAGGAUGAAGAGGCCUUGGCUGACGAGCCCUGGAUCGAUGGGCCGGUGAGGAUGGAUUACGGAUGCAACGUGCGCUUGGGCAAAAACGUUUACAUCAAUUUCAACAGCGUGUGGAUCGACACCUGUAUGAUCGAAGUGGGUGACCGUACCCUUAUCGGACCCAACUGUUCUUUCUACAGCGCCGCUCAUCCAUUGGAUCCCGUCUUGCGGAACGGCACCAGAGGUCCUGAAUACGGGAAGCCUAUCAAGAUAGGGCCAGACUGUUGGUUUGGGGGGAACUGCAUCGUCCUCCCCGGUGUGAAUAUCGGCAGGGGCGUUACUGUCGGCGCUGGCAGUGUUGUUACGAAAGAUAUUCCAGACUUCGUUGCCGUUGCUGGAAAUCCGGCCCGCAUUAUCAGGGAAGUUCCACGCUCUGGAGGGUUCACGGCCUGUUAA